UUGGCUACUACGGGAUCACAACAUGAAACUGAGAACAACCUACCCAGGGUUCACUGAUGCAGUCAAAUCCUUCUUUAAUCACCUCAUUAGGAAAGUUGCUCCAUAUCAGUACUCCAAGGGUGGCCCAAUUAUUGCAGUUCAAGUGGAGAAUGAAUAUGGCUCCUUUGCUAAAGAUAAAGAGUACAUGCCUUUCAUCAAAGAGGCGUUAUUGUCAAGGGGCAUCACAGAGCUGCUGCUGACCUCAGACAACAAGGAAGGACUAAAGCUUGGAGGAGUGAAAGGAGCACUAGAAACCAUAAAUUUCCAGAAACUGAACCCCAAUGACAUCAAGUAUCUGGAUGGAAUACAACCUCAGAAGCCUAAGAUGGUGAUGGAGUACUGGUCUGGCUGGUUCGAUCUUUGGGGGGACCUUCAUCAUGUGUACACAGCUGAGGACAUGAUGCCUGUGGUCACAGAGAUCCUUAAACUGGACAUGUCCAUCAACCUCUACAUGUUCCAUGGAGGCACGAAUUUUGGCUUCAUGAGUGGGGCGUUUGCCGUCGGAAAACCAGCACCCAAGUCUAUGGUAACAAGCUAUGAUUACGAUGCUCCAUUAUCCGAGGCUGGGGAUUACACCACCAAGUACCAUCUUCUGAGGAAUUUAUUCAGCCUCUACCACACCCAGCCUCUCCCUGAGCUGCCCUCUCUUCAGGAGAGGAGAGCAUACCAGCCUGUUGUCAUCCAGCAGCACCUGUCUCUGUGGGACAGUCUGCAUUUCACUGACAAGCCUUUGAAGUCAGAGAGGCCGGUGAACAUAGAGAAUCUUGCUGUCAACAAUAACAAUGGUCAGUCUUAUGGCUACACGCUGUAUGAGACCACAAUCACCAGUGAAGGAACCCUCAACUCAAAGAACAACGUCAGGGACAGAGCUCUGGUUUUUGUGGACAAACAUUUUGUUGGUGUUCUGGAUUAUAAGACGCAAGAACUCGCACUCCCUGUUGGGAAGGGGAAAAGAACUCUAAGUUUACUGGUGGAGAACUGUGGAAGAGUGAAUUAUGGGAAAACCCUGGACGAGCAGCGCAAAGGACUUGUUGGAGAUAUCGAGUUAAACAGGCGCAUCCUCCGAGACUUCAUUAUUCAUAGUCUGGAUAUGAAGCCAGGCUUUGUAAACAGACUUGAGACUUCAGGCCACUGGAUGUCUCUGCGUCAUCGGCCCUCCUUCCCAGGUUUUUUCCAGACCAGACUCUAUGUGAACAGUUCUCCUAAAGACACCUUCAUCAAACUCCCUUCAUUGAUUCUGUUCACAGGGCUGGGGCAAAGGCGUAGUGUUUAUCAACGGCAAGAAUCUGGGACGCUACUGGUUCAUCGGUCCUCAGCAAACUCUCUAUGUCCCAGGUCCCUGGCUUCACAGAGGAGACAACAAGAUCACAGUGUUUGAAGAGCAGGAAACAGAUGGGAAGAUUCAGUUCGCUAGCAGCCCCGACUAUGGCAUGACUGUUGAUGUCCAGUGAGGGUGGAAGUGUGGAUGAGGAGAGGAGGAUUAUGGAAAAGUAGCUGGGGAGGACGUGAUUCAGGCGACUGCUGUGAGCUUCGUCUUCUGAGGCACUGAUGCCCGGCUACGACCAGCAGCACUCAAGAGUGACACAUGUCAGUGAGCAUGACAUUUUGUGUUAUAUCACAAGAUGCCAACACAGCAGUGAUCCAGGCUACUUUUUCAUUUCAUGACUGCAUUUAUGACAGUCUGUUGAAUCCUUUUUAUUCAAUUUAGUAACUGUAUCAUUAACCUGCACUCAUAUAGUACAUAAUUGGAGACCAAGGGACUGUGACAGAGAAUGAUCUUGAUUAUAAUAAAGUGUUAUAAAAUCUCUUCCUCUCACAGAAUUUAUAAAUUACAGGCUGUGUAAAAAGAACUGUGAAUAAAGGCUGGUUUGACCCCUUGUCAGUAGCUAAGGCCAAGGAAGCUUGUGAACUGCUUUAUUUAUCCUGCACACUAAGAGCCUGUUUGAUAUAACACUGGUUGGUUUUCAAAUUUACCUUCUUAUGAUAUGCUGUUAGCUCCUUCAGAGAGGUGAAGAUUACAAGCUGUGUUUGAAAACCAGCCUGGAUACCAUCACAAUUAUUUUCUAUAAAGGAAUAUUUCACCAUCGGCAACAUGGUAUAUUCAUAAAUGUGCAAAUAUUUUUUAAAUUGGUGCUACAUGACCAGAGAAAAUAGAGAAAAAUGGCUGUGGUAUUCCCUAAUACAGAGCCUAAAUCCCUCCCUUCAACUUUCGCCCCUUGGGACCUUAUUUCGGAACAAAUGUAAAUGUUAAGUUAGUCAACAGUGAGGCAACUAAUUUUGGAUCCCAUUUGUGCUGUGCCCUAACUUACACACAUGAUUUUUGUCAACUUAGAAGAUAAUUUUCUCUGUCAAGAAAGUGGCAGUUUGUUGUAAAGCAGUAAAGUGACAUUUUAUGAAACCGAUCAAUAAACUACAUCUCUUGUCUCACAAUAUACAUCAUCAACAUGUUAACGCUGUAAUGCUAGCUGUAUUGGUUGUCUGCUACUAGCUGAGUAAGUUAACUAUAUUCCUCGCACAAAUGUAUCUCCCUGAUGUGUUUAAUCCAACGACUCCCAUGAACGUUAGCUUGCUGAUGUAUGUCCUAUUUAAAGUAUAAAGAGGCAAUGGAAUAUGAUCGAUAGUCUGACCUGACACUUGUCCAAAUGCUGGUUAAUGAUGUAAACUGGAAAGAUUUUAAAUGACAUUUAAUUAGAACAAUUAGAAUGACGUUGGGGAAGUUAGCAUAAUCGGAUGUUUCCUACUCAUUUUUCAAACAGCAUGAAUACUAAUAAGAUAUUUCUUUAUAUAUGGAUAUAUAAAUAAAUGCUUACAUUUACAAACUCCUAGCUCGCAGGUUUAAUAUAUAAUUUGGCUCCUUAAGCUGUUAUAUUUUUGUCAGUUAUGUCACAUUUACUAGCUAGCUAGCUAGCUUAAAACUGAUGUGACAGUAGCUUGUAAAACUCUUUACUAGAUAAGGUAUUCCUUUUGUGGUAUUGGUGCAGUGUAAACUAACAAGUUUGAAACUAGCUAGUCAUUAUGAAUAACUUAAGUACUUGACAAAUAAACUAGCUGCUGCAACCCAAUCCACCCAAUCAAUGUUGAAUUCCAGUAAAUAUCAAGGACCUUUACAAAUGCAUCACUUUGGACUCACUGAGUGUAAUUUUUUUAAAUGCAUUUGUAGAAUUGUAUAUUUCUCACAUUUUAUAUCGUGGUGAGAUAUGCACUGUGUGCAACUGUAGCAUGAUCAUCAGUAUGCAUUAAAGCCUUUUCACCAUG